AUGCCGCAGCAGGUGAGGCUUUCUCGGGAGAACUCUGUGAAAAGGUCGCGGUCCCUCACCAAGUCCUUCCGUGGGUUGUUUAAAUUCAACUCUCCGGGAUCACCGCCUUCCUCAGCAGCGACAUCGGACUCGUCUGAGAUGUCAGGGGCGCAGGGGGGGCGAGGAAAUGGAUUACUGGGCGGGCGGACGAAGAAGGCCUCGAUAUCGCCGAAGUCUGAGGCGCAGUUCACGCAGCGCAACAAGUCCGCGGAGUCGGUGGUGAGCGAUGAGGGUGUCGCGAUGGUGGCAAGCGCGGGCGCUCAGUUCUAUGGGCGGGGCAAGCACGAAUCGUCGCCGAACGUGCUGAUGACGGGUGGGGAGGAGGCGGCACGGGCGGCCGGGCGGGCCUCCGCGGAGUCGAUAGCGUUGAGCGAGGGCGGGCCGCCGUCGAUAGACACGAAGCUGGAACGGGUGACUCCGUCGCUCAUCUACCCGCAGAACGGGCGGGCGAAGCACUCCUCGCAGCGGUCGCGGAGCGCCAGCGUCGGGAGGAACAAGGAGCGCGGCGGGCCCACGCCGGCGCCGAUCGGGUCUAUCCGCGAAGAGGAGAGCAAGAAGGCGCACAAGUGCAUCAUCCAGCAGGAGCACUUCACGGUGGAUGAAAACGGCAACCACCAGCAUAGCUUGAAGGUGCUUCCCCUAAUAGUACAGGACCCAGAGAGUCACAAGCCAAAGCUGUUUUCGUUCUCUGCGGUGUUCAAGUCGCACAAAAAUGGGGAAGACGAGGAGCUCAGCGAUGCAUUUUCGAUUUUGCCGGACUACAGCACUGUUCUUGAGAAAACGCUUGUUGAGCCGCUUAGCGAGGUCAAAAUAUUCUCCGAGGCGGCGCAGCCGGAUGAGAACGGUGGUCGCACAGAGGCCAACCAGCCAAAAGAUAUGCCCAAGAUCGUCAACAAGCACGCCGCGAUUGGCAAUGAGGAGUUAAAACUAAUAAAUAAUCUUUCAGAGACCAUCCACGUCGGCAUGCAAGGUCCAGACAAGCAUUCGUCUCCGCCACAGCCGUUUACUUGCAAAGCUACCAAAAGUAAGCAAGUUCUAGCAGAGAAGUAUGGAAAAUGCAUAGGAAUGAUCGGCCAAGGUGCUUAUGGUACUGUGUGGGUAACGUGCAGAAGCCUGCCUCAGGAUAACCAAACUGAGACACACUAUCCCACAGAAACGUACGAGCGAAAUGGAAAACUCUUCUAUGCGAUAAAAGAGAUCAAGCCACGUGCAGAUGAACCGAACGAAAAGUUUAGCACUCGCUUGACGUCAGAAUUUGUAAUAGGACACUCCUUGAGUGGCGGCGCGGGAGGUACUAAGCGUCUGACUUCGCACCCGAAUAUAUUGAAGGUUUUGGACCUUAUGCAAGCGCACGAUGUUUUCAUAGAGGUGUUUGAGUUUUGCCCGUCUGGGGACCUAUUCAGCCUAUUAACAAGGUCCUCGAAAACCGGCUCCGGAUUGCAUCCUUUGGAGGCGGACUGCUUCAUGAAGCAGCUACUAAAUGGGGUUAGGUAUAUGCACGAUCACGGGGUUGCACACUGUGAUUUAAAGCCAGAAAAUAUAUUGUUCACUCCGAAUGGCACCCUUAAAUUAUGUGACUUCGGGUCUAGCUCUGUCUUCCAAACUGCGUGGGAGAAACGCGUACAUUUCCAAACCGGUGCUGUGGGCUCCGAACCAUAUGUGGCGCCUGAGGAGUUCAUCCCCAAACGGGAGUAUGAUACUAGGCUGGUCGAUUGCUGGAGUUGUGGCAUUAUCUAUUGCACAAUGGUGUUAGGUCAUUAUUUAUGGAAAAUUGCCAUUAAAGAAAAGGAUCAGAUAUACAGCGCUUUCCUCGACGAUAUGACUACUCGUGGCGAGUACUACGUUUUUGAAAAUAUGAGGCAUGUCAACCAAGAGGUUAACCGCUGCAGAAAGAUGUGCCUAUACAACAUCUUCCAGUGGGAUCCGAAAAAGAGAAUCACUAUUCCAAAGCUUUUGGACACCCCAUGGAUGAGGCGAACCAAAUGUUGUGUCAACUACAGGGCCGCAAUUUAA